AUGGCUGUUCGACCGGACGUUCUUCUGAAUCAGAUGGCCGGCGUUGAUAGCAGUGACUCGGCCGUGCCUCCACUAAUCAGCGAUUUUCAUCUGCCACACGGCCUUCUGGCUGGACCAACUCAAUCCCCUUACACAGCAGCGUGCAUUUCUCCCGCACUCCUCUGGGGUCCUCUCUCUGUAUCAGCAGAGUCCGAAUGUGCAGCAGCAGUGGAUGCAGCAGCAGCAGCAGUGGCAGCAACAACGAGUGCAGCAGCACUGGAGGCGUUCGCAGACGAGAACGACAACAUCGAGGCGGCGAUCAGCGCGCUACAGGACAAGAUCUGCGAGCUGCAGUCUCGCCUUCUCCUCCCGGGCCUUCUAAACCCGAGCACACACGCCGCUGACACGCCCGCACACGCGCGUGCUGCGUCCACAUGCGCAGAGGCCGUGGUUGAAGGUGCCUUUCCAAGGCACUUGAGUGGUGGUAGCAGCGAUGUGGGCGUUCUGGAGGAAGCAUUGAGCCGGAGUGCCUCCAAGGGUUCCACCCUGGACGACUCGCUUCUGCUGGAUGCCUUGCUCUCUCACGCUCUGCCGGCACAACCGCUGCCGGCACAAUCAGCAACCGAAGGUGCCUUUGCGCGCAGCGGUAGCAGCAGCGGUGUGAGCGCGCUGAGGCUGCCAGUAGCAGCAUUGAGGCAAAGCCCUUCCAAGGGUUCUACCCUGGACCCCUCGCUCCUGCUGGAUACCGUGCUCUCUCACGCUCUGCCGGCACAACAGCUGCCGGCGCAACCGCUGCUGGCACAACCAGUGGUCGACGGUGCCUUGGCGCGCAGCGGUAGUAGCAGUGAUGCGGCGAGCGCGCUGAGGCUGCCAGAGGAAGCAGCAGCAUUGAGGCGGAGUGCAUCAUCCAGAGGCUCCACCCUGCACCACCCCUCGCUCCUGCUGGAUGCCAUGCUUGCAGACGCCGCUUUGCUGCCACAACCGCUAGUACUAACGGCUGAGCCAGCGCCGGCAGAGUCUCUGCCAGCAGAGUCUCUGCCGGCAGAGUCCGUGCCAGAAGAACCAAUGGUUGCUGAGUAUUCGCCGCCUGCACCUGAUGAUCCGCCUGCGUGCCCCAUGGAGCCUCCAAGGACCGGUGCACCACUCAACGACCUGGCAGGUCGACGGUACCCACACGCCCGAGGCGAGCCCCCAGACUGCUCUGGACUCAUGCGUCAGCAGAAGGGACAGCACUCACCAGUCGUUGAAGCCUGCUCGCCCCGCUUCCUGCCUCCUCGUAGGCCGUCCCUUUCUCGCCAGUCCAUGUCCCCCGGGUCUCCUCUGUCCCGCUGCUCUUCCUUGGGAGCGGGCAGCGGAGGCAAGGGCUCCACUUGCUUUGCUCCAGUGCAACGCCAUGAAGACGUGCCGCAGCAGCAGCAGCAGCAGCAGCAGCAGCAGCACGGGCCGAAUCCGCAUGCGCAACAGCGGCAGCAGCAGCAGCUGGCGCUGCUUGAAGCCGGCACGCCGAAGCAGCAGUGGGGGAAGGCUCGUGUUUUCAAACAAACCUCACCCUCAGCAGCACUCUUCCCUCCAGGAGCAAUGCCGGCAGCACUAGCGAUGGUUAGAGGAGGCGAGAGAGCAACAAGAGCAGCAGCAGCAGCAGCCGAUAUGACUCUGCGAGCCGUUCAGCCGAAGCAGCGGCGGCUGCUGGCGAAGCCCACACUUCACAGCACAAGCACAGGUGACUUGCCUGUCGCAUGCUCCCACAGUGAAGCAAACGACUUGGUGGUGUUGGGGCCGGUGGCAGCAGCUGUGAAGGCCCACUCGCUGGACAGCCACCCGCUCAUCCCCUCCUUGACCCUCCCUGGCGCCUGUGUGAGCCCCAGCGCCCUGCCACCGCACCUUGCCGCCUCCGAGAUUGCCGCUCGCAUCCGAAGGACUCGACCUCUGGCACAGAGCACAGGACCGAUGCAGGUAUCCAUGCCUGAUGCUUCUCCAUCCCCAGAUGGCCCUGGAAUGAUACCAGGGGAUACCGCCGCCGGUGCUGUCGCGUUAGCUGCGCCUGUCGCGCUGGGUCUCCGCGCGCUAUUAAAGCCGUCCGGCGGACCGCAAAAGGUCACGAUCCCGGUUAUACCGCCGGCUGCACACCAGCAGCUGCUGACGUGGCAGCAGCAGCAGAGACUGCGGACGUGGCAGACGCGGCGAAACGCGUACGCAAUCGCCCUGCAGAAGCAGGAAGAGCAGCAGCAGCAGCAGCAGCAUGAGAGUGCGGCGGAGAGCUGGGGGGACGGAGUACGGGGUGCGGCGGAGGGAGAGGGAGAAGAGAGAGGGGGAGAGUUGGGCGUAGAGGUAAGGGAUGGAGGGACAGGAGGAGCGGUAACAGGGGGAGCAGAUAGGGCAGCGGGGGCAGAGGCGGCAGAGGAAGCAGGGGGGGCAGAGGUAGCAGAGGGGGACAACACAGGAGAGGGGAGCGAGGCGGCGGUGGAUGCGGCAGUGGCGGCGGUGAACCAGGCGGGUCAACGGCUACUUCUCAUGAUGCGAUCCGUCGACAAGCACCUCUCCUUCUGGCGCCGCCUCGCCCUCGCGUCGCCCUCGCAGCAGCUCUGGAUCGUGCUCUUCCGACGCGGCCCGCUCGCAUUCCUCCACACCUCCCUCUCGCUCUCUCUCUCACUCGCUCUCUCCGCCGCCAACCGAUACCUCCUCCCCUUCCUCCCCUCUCCCACCCUUCCCGCUUCCUCCUCCUCCUCCUUUUCUCCUCCCGCCUCUCCUUCCUCGAACCUCGUCCCGCCUAGCUCUCCCCAGUCCUCCCACUCACUUUCUGCAAAUCGCAUUCUGACACGUGUCAAGCAGCCGCUCUCCCCACUUAUAACCCGCCUCGCCUCUCUCUUAGCGCCUCUCUAUCGCUUCCUCUCUGCCCUCUGGAUCUCCCUACAAACCGUCCCCCUCCUCCCCCUCUCCACCCUCCCUCACCCCCCUAAACCCCUGCAAAAUCUUAUCUCAGAUCUGAGCACAUUCGGUUCCAAAACCUUAAACCUCAACUUGAAAACCCUCAACCUCAAACCCUUUUUCUUUGUCCAUCUACACCGCCUGAGUUCGUUUUUGCCGAGCCUUACGUCAGCAGAGGGCGUGCUGCUAGGCCUGGCAGCGCCGAGCCUGCAGGGCUUGGUUCGGGAGAUGGUGGCAGAGAAAGUGGCGGUUCUGGGGGAGGUGCAACUGGCUCUGAGCGCCGCUGCUGGGCAGGUCUACCUAUCGUCAGCUGUCAUCCCUGCCCCAUCCUCCCUCGCCCUCUCCACCCUCACGCUCACCACCACCAUCAGCAGCAGCAGCAGCAGCUUGAGCACAUCUCCUCCCGACCCCCUCGCUCUGCUCUCCACUAUCCUACACGCCUGCCACGUGGCAGUCACACAGGCCUCAGGGAUCGACGGGGAGAAGCCCACCUCAGGAGCAGGGGGGCGGGAGGGGACGGUGGAGAGUGGUGGUGCUUGUAACGAAGCAGUCAGUAACGAGGCAGGAGGGGAGUUGGGCGGUGCUGGGUUAGUAGCAGCAGAUGGCAGCGGGCUAAGUGUUUCAACACAAGGAGCAGUGCCUGCUGCUGCAGUGGUUUCACCAGCCGUUGUGUGUGGGCAGGCAAAGCAGCUGAACGAGGAUGUGAAGGGUCUUGAGAAACUGGUCUCUGCUGUGGUGGCGCGCUGUCAGAGGCCGAGGCACGCGGCGCGGCACUGGCUGGAGUACCUGGCAGGGGGGCUGUGUGGCGUGGCGGUGGGCAGCUGGGUGGUGAGGCACAGCCGACUGAACGGCAGUGAUGACCUCAACAGGUGGGCUGCAGAUGGGUGGAGAGCGGUGACAGGGUUCGUCACAGACCACAUCUGGCAGCCGCUGUCAGCGAUCAGUGCAGAGCUCUUUCACACGUUCGGUGACCAGCAGAGGGGCAACGUGUCCAUGCAUGACGUGCAGGCCUCCACCGACUCUCUGAGGAGAAUGCUGCUGACCUUUAAGGACAUGGCCAACCCCCUCACCCACCUCCUUACGGGGCGACUAGCCGAGGCGCUGCUGAUUCAGCGCCAUGUUGGAGUUGGAGCAGAUUCUGAGGGCGAAUCAAAUCAACUUCGCACUGCUCACUGCCCUGCCCGCCCUGCUGCUGCUCUCCGGCCUCUUCUCCCUCUCCCGUGA